AAAAAAAAAACAAAAAAAAAAAAACCCGAAAGCAAACCGAAAUUAACCAGCGGUUAUUCCCAUCCCCACUCCAUCACCUUAUCUUUGAUAAGAUUGUCCUUGAAGAGAUUGAAUUUAAGUCUCGACUUCUUGUCAAUGUAAUUCAUACAUAUAUGCAAUUCAUUCUCUGAUUUAUAAGAGAAUUGAUAUACAAACAUAUUCUUAUUUUUAUUUCAAUGGAGUCGGUAGUUGAUAAAAGUGAAAUAAUAGUUCAGUACAGUGGGCCAGUACAAAUUAUAAAAUUUAACCGUCCACACAAGAAAAAUGCAUUAAAUUCAGAGGCUUACUAUAUUUUACGAAAGGCUUUGCAAGAUGCAGCUGAAAAUGAUGACAUCAAAAUUACAUUUGUUACCGGAGUUGGUGACUAUUUUAGCAGUGGAAAUGAUUUUAGUCAAUCACCGAAAGUAGAUGAAGAUAUAGAUAUAACAAUACGAAAUCGAAUUUCUUCUGUCAGGGAGUUUUUGCGGUGUUUAAUUGAUCAUCCAAAAAUUUUAAUAGCUUUGGUAAAUGGACCUGCAAUUGGAAUAGCUGUAACAAUGUUGCCUCUUUUUGAUUUAGUUUAUGCAUUAGAAACUGCCACAUUCAAAACUCCAUUUUCCUCACUUGGAAUCACAGCAGAAGGCUGCUCUACGUACACAUUCUCACGCUGCCUAGGAAAAUCAUUGGCAGCAAAAAUGUUAUACUUUAAUUACACAAUGUCUGCUAAAGAGGCGAAAGAUUGUGGAUUUGUUGCUGAUAUUAUAACUAAUAAAGAUUUGCCUCAGUUUAUGGAUGAAAUACAGACAUUUGGGGAAUUACCAUUGAAGGCCUUAGUUUAUACCAAGGAAAUGUCAAGGAGUCAUGAUCUUAAAUCACUUCAUUAUGCGAACUCAAUAGAAGCAGAAAAAUUAGUUGAAAGAUUUCAAUCAGAAGACUUUAUGAACGCAAUGUUAAAGUUAAGGGAAAGGAAGAUAACUGGAAGAAGCAAACUAUAAAGCUUGUUGCUUUUUUUCAUUUUUUAUACAUCACAAUUUAUACAAUUAAAAAAUUUUAAUUAAAUUUAUACAAAUUAAAUAUUAUUUUUCUAAGAACCAAUAUUCUUAUAUUUUCUAGAAAUUAGCAUGCCAAAACCCCCCACAAAUAUACAGUAUAGCCACACUGUUUUGGCCACGAUGCUCAAGUUGCACCAUACAAUUUUUUGAAGGAGGCACAUUUUGAAUUUUUUAGGGAGUCACAUUUCGACGUGGUUAUGAAUUUUCGAAAUGAAAAAUUUCAAACCAGAGGACAAGAGAAAUGUAUAGAACAGACCAUUGAAUGUGUAAUUGUAUAUGACCUAUGAUUUUUAAAAUUGGACUUUAGCUUGCUCUGUUAUUAUGAAGAGGAGAGCAAUAAAAUAUCUUGGGAAAGGGGUAUUUCAUACGCCAUCGACCUUUGGGGGAUGGACACCUCUGGGCCA